AUGGCAAUUAAGGACGGCUCUCGCUUUGAUUUCAUCGUCGUUGGCGGCGGUACGGCUGGCAACAUUGUCGCUUCUCGCCUGGCCGAGAACCCCAAGGUCCGCAUCCUUAUCAUCGAGGCUGGCAUUGGCUCGUCCCGCGACAAUGAAGAGAUCCGUACGCCGGGACGCGCCAUGGAAAUCCGCGGCAGUCAGUACGACUGGGCGUACAAGACGACCAUGGUCAAGCGCGAUGACUACGAGCGCAUCGAAAAGCCCAACACCCGCGGCAAGGCUCUCGGUGGCAGCUCCUCGCUCAACUACUUCUCCUGGGUGCCUGGCUCCAAGGGUACCUUUGACAUGUGGGAGGAGUACGGCGGCAAGGAGUGGACGUGGGAUCACCUCGUGCAUUACCUUCGCAGGAGCGUCACCUACCACGACGACGAGGGUCUCUACCCCAAGGAGCUCUCCAAGAUUGGCGCGGGCGGUCCCAUUCCCAUCGCUCACGCCAGACUGAUGCCCGAGAUGGAGCCCUUCCGCAGGCUCCUCACACAGGCUUGGCAGUCCACCGGCGAGCCGCUAUCGGAGAACAUCUUUGACGGCGAGAUGCGCGGCCUCGUGCACAGCGUCAACACCAUCUACCAGGGCCGGCGCUCGGGCAGCUUCCUUGCGCUCGAGGGCAAGUCCAACAUCACGGUCCUGGCCGAGACGCACUCCAAGAAGCUCAUCAUCGACGAGGCCGACGGUGCCGUCAAGGGUGUCACCGUGAUUACAACCACGGGCGGAGAGCUGAGCUUCUACGCUGAGCGCGAAGUCAUCGUCUCCCAAGGCGUGUUCGAGUCGCCCAAAUUGCUCAUGCUCAGCGGCAUCGGACCCAAGGAAGAGCUUGCCAAGCACAACAUCCCCGUCCUGGUGGACUCGCAGCACGUCGGCCAGCAUCUGCUCGAUCAUCCUGGCGUUCCCUUUGUGCUGCGCAUCAAGGACCAGUACUCCAUGGACAGCCACGUCCUCCGCAAAGGCCCUGCGCAAGACAAGAUCUUGUCCGCCUACAAGCACAACCACGGCGGUGCCAUGGGCUCUCCCUUCCUCGAGAUGAUCGGCUUCCCCCGCAUCGACAAGUAUCUGGAGAAGUCGCCCGAGUACCGCCAACGCAAGGCCGCCAACGGCAAUAAGGACCCGUUCUGCCCGUACGGCCAGCCGCACUUUGAGCUCGACUUCAUCCCCCUCUUUGGCAGCGCCUUCCAGUGGCACUUCCCACACCCCAACCGCGGCAGCUACAUGACUGUCAUGGUCGACCUGGUCCGCCCCGUCUCCGAGGGCGGCACCGUCACUCUCAACAGCGCGGACCCGCUGCAGCAGGCCAACAUCAACCUCAACUACUUCAACGACGACCUCGACAUCAUCGCCGUCCGCGAGGGCAUCCGCUUCUCGUACGACGUCCUCAAGAACGGCCCCGGCUUCAAGGACAUCGUCGAGGACGAGUACCCCUGGGACAUGCCGCUCGACGACGACGAGGCGAUGAAGCGCACUGUGCUGGACCGCUGCCAGACGUCCUUCCACCCGUGCGGCACCGCCCGCAUCGGCAAGAGCAUCAAGCAGGGCGCGGUCGACCCCCAGCUUCGCGUGUUCGGCGUUCGCGGCCUGCGUGUAAUUGACGCCUCCGUCAUCCCUGUCAUUCCCGACUGCCGCAUCCAGAACUCCGUCUACAUGGUGGCGGAGAAGGGCGCGGACGCGAUCAAGGCUGACUACAAGGAUCUGUACUAG